CCGCAGUUAAGCUCCACUGAUAUACCAGAAUUUUUGAAGGUUGCCCACUCUUCUUAUGAAGAGGAUAAGGCCAAAUUUGAGAAGAAAAUUGAGAAUCUUUUGAAGGACAAGGCCGAAUUUGAAAUGAAAAUCGAGUCACUUCGGCAUUCUUAUGAAAAGCAAAAUGCCAAAUUUGAGAAAAUUGAGGCACAUCAACAGGCAGACUUUGCUUCUUUUGACAAGGAUAAGGCCAAACUUGAGGAGAAAAUCGAGGCACUUGGUUUUGCUGUCGAAUGCAUUAAGCAGGAACUUGGGAAGUUCAACUGAUUCUAGAAAUGAGAACUUUUCAACAACUGAGCUAUGUCAAUUGGAUUCUCUUUUUUCCUUGUAUGAGGCUUGUUUGUUUUUUUUUUUCUUGUAUUUCAUGUUUUGCUAGGCAUGUCAUGUCGCAUAACUUUAUCAAAAUGUAUUUGUAAACUCGAAUUGGUGGUUGAGAAUUCUAAACAUCAACAUGCAUCUAUAAACUUGGCAAACAAGAUUGAAUUUACAAGUUUUGCAUUGCUAUUAGAAGGUACUUUUAGUAGGCAUUUCGUUGGGAAAUGUGCUCAAUCUUUCUACCCCAGACAUUAUUGUUGGUAAGUGCUUGUGCGAUGUGUAUCUGAAAUCUGGGUUGCGCUCUGUGUUCUUGUGAGUAUUUGGGCUGCACU